UAUUGGUGUGAGAGGUGUGUGUUCAGCACAUCUUUCAAUUUUUGUAAACCAACAAUGCACUUACAGGAAGUAACAACCAUCACAGUCCACCUCUACAGCUUCCUGGGUUGACUUGCUUUAUGAUUUUGACUUUGUUUUAAAAUGAAGACAGUGUGUCUGAUUCUGCUUUUUCACGCAAGUGUGCAGCUCCAGUGUGACAAAAAGCAGAUCACCGCACAUGUUGGCGGUGAAUUCAUUCUCCCCUGCAGGUAUGACACAAACACUUACUUGUUGGCUAAAAAGUACUGGUGUAGAGGGGCAUCCAGGACCACCUGCGAGAUUCUGGUGGAUUCAGAGGGUAGGACUAAAACUGGGAGCACACAUAGGUCUAAUGUUUUGGAUUACAGAAGAAAAGGGCUGUUUGUGAAAGUCACACACCUCCAGUUUGAUGAUGCUGGAGUCUACUGGGUCGGAAUUGACAAAAUGAAUGCUGACGUCAUGACUUCAGUUAAAGUAGAUAUCACUCAAGUUCCUGUAACUAAACCCAGACUCCAGCCUCUGAGCUCUCUGCUGAACAGACCCACAUGCUGGGGGCUGCCAGUCACGGUGCGUUGUGGUUGUACAGCAGGCACUGCAGUCCGUUACACCUGGUACCACAACCACACCAUGCUGCACAACUCAGUGGACUUACGCCUGCAUUGUGGAGGAACUGUGGACCACAGCAAUUUUUACUGUGUUGCCAGUAACGACAUCAGUAGUCAGAGGAGUGACAUCCUCUCUGUGCAGGUCCUGAUGCCUGCAGACAACGGCUGCAUCUACGUCAUUAACAUGCAGGGCCAACCCGUUUAUGACUGUGCAGACAGAAUCAGUACCACCACCCACACCUUGACCACAACUCAACCCCCGACAACAACCAGGAGUCCGUACCAGACUCCCUGCACAGGCCAGACUACCACAAAAAUCCAUACUGAAUGCAGAAACCAGUCUUUACCUUUCAAUCAGACUGGCCAAGAACAGUUUGUCUGGGGAGCAUGGACGCUCCCGUUGUGGUACAAACUCCUGCGUUGGAUUAAUUUUGCAUCCUUGGUGAUAUUUCUGUGCAUUGUUCUCCAAUGCACAAAAGUGAGACACAGACAUGCCAAAAGGAAGAGACGGGUCCGUUUCAAAUAUUUGGCACAGUAACCUUCAUGCAACUGGUUUUCAGUUCUCUGGAAGUCUUAUCAGCUCAUGAGGCCUUGGCUUUCAGACUAAACUGCAGGGUGUUUGAUAAAAAGACAAGAUGAUUAUUUGUAAAGAGGAAUAGACGUAAUGUUGUCAGUGUAGUUAUCAGUAUUUCAAUGCCACUUUGAUGUUUCUGUGACUGAUUUAAAUAAUAGCUGUCCAACAACGUCAUCAACUAUUGCAUAUACAUGAGUUGUCAAGUCCCUUUUUACAUUGCCCAGCUUUUCCAUGCAGUAUUUUUUGAGAGGUGUUAAAAAGAGGAAUGAUCUGUCACCUCAUGCUGACUCAAAUAAUGCUAUAUGUUUUAUCCCAUACAAUUUAUAUCUCAUUACUCUGGAUGCUCUGUUGGCAUUUCCCAAUAUCUUAGUGUUUACUUUAAUCAGAUUUAGAAAAUACUGCUAGCCAUAGUGUUUAUUUUAUUUCUCUUCCUCUGUAUAAAAAGGUCACACAAUAGAACAUAUAAACAAAGGGCCGGAAAAGCCAAACCCACAGAUCCCAAUCACAAAACACUCUCCAUCGUGUUCAGAACCAUCCAGUGUGUAGUUAGAUUGUGGAAGUCAUGAUGCCCAAUGGAGCCCUGCAGUGUGAUUCAUUAAGAGUCACUUCUUCAGAUCUCAAAGAAGUGAUUACCACACCUUUACUUCUGGAAACUUAUCAAUAAAACAAACAGUGACUCAGCGGGGAAAUAUUUGAAGACACGGAAAUGCUUUGUCAGAGUAUGCUAUCUUUGCCAGUGCUCCCAUCAAAAGCUGCUGUAGUGACUGGAUAGUAUCCCUGAACAUCUGGUGUACAGCAACUGAAAUAUAAAGCUGGGCAGUGGUCUAGACUAGAA